AUGCAAGAACAGGUGAAGGGAAUUCCCGUCAGAGUGGCCCUGCGAUGUCGCCCUCUGGUCCCCAAAGAGAUCAGUGAAGGCUGCCAGAUGUGUCUUUCCUUCAUACCCGGGGAACCGCAGGUGGUGGUCGGUACUGACAAAGCCUUCACCUAUGAUUUUGUGUUUGACCCCUCCACUGAGCAGGAAGAAGUCUUUAAUACAGCGGUGGCGCCACUCAUAAAAGGCCUAUUGAAAGGAUACAACGCAACUAUCCUGGCCUAUGGACAGACCGGCUCAGGGAAAACCUAUUCCAUGGGAGGUGCAUACACUGCAGAGCAAGGGAAUGAACCAACAGUGGGGGUCAUUCCGAGGGUAAUACAACUGCUCUUCAAAGAAGCUGAUGAGAAGAGUGACUUCGAAUUUACCCUGAAAGUCUCCUAUUUGGAGAUUUACAAUGAAGAAAUCGUGGAUCUCCUAUGCCCCUCUCGUGAGAAAGCCUCUCAAAUAAAUAUACGAGAGGAUCCUAAGGAAGGCAUAAAGAUCGUGGGACUCACUGAGAAGACUGUUUUUGUUGCCCCGGAUAUGAUUUCCUACUUGGAGGAGGGCAACCACUGUAGGACGGUGGCCUCCACAGCCAUGAACUCCCAGUCAUCCCGGUCUCAUGCCAUCUUUACAAUCUCCGUGGAGCAAAGAAAGAAGAGUGACAGAAACAGCAGCUUCCACUCCAAGCUGCACCUUGUGGAUCUUGCUGGAUCCGAAAGACAGAAAAAAACCAAGGCUGAAGGGGAUAGGCUAAGAGAGGGUAUUAACAUUAACCGAGGCCUCCUAUGCUUGGGAAAUGUAAUCAGUGCCCUCGGAGAGGACAAAAAGGGUGGCUUUGUGCCCUAUAGAGAUUCCAAGUUGACGCGGCUGCUUCAAGAUUCCCUAGGGGGUAACAGCCACACUCUUAUGUUGGCCUGUGUCAGUCCUGCAGACUCCAAUCUAGAAGAAACGUUGAAUACCCUUCGCUAUGCUGACAGAGCCAGAAAAAUAAAAAACAAACCUGUUGUUAAUAUUGACCCCCAGAGAGCUGAACUUAAUCAUCUAAAGCAACAGGUGCGACGGCUACAGGUCUUACUGCUACAAGCCCGUGGUGGUAACCUGCCUGGAUCUAUACAUGUGGAGCCAUCAGAGAAUCUACAAUCUCUGAUGGAGAAGAAUCACUCCCUGAUAGAGAAGAAUGAAAAGUUAAGUCAUGGUCUGAGUGAGGCAGCUGGCCAGACGGCCCAGAUGUUGGAGAGAAUCAUUUUGACAGAACAAGCAAACGAGAGAAUGAAUGCCAAGCUAGAAGAGCUCAGGCAGCAUGCAGCUUGCAAAGUGGACCUUCAAAAGCUAGUGGGGACUUCCGAAAACCAAGAGUUAAGAGAAAACGUAGAGAUGAUUCGUAACCUGCAGCAACUGAUUAUCCAGAUACCGGAUGACACGGUUCCGUGCAUGGCCGCAGCCAUUGGUACUGCGGUGGAACCAGAAGCUCAGGUGGAAAGCAGUUCGCAGACCAGCAGGUCUUCUGAUGGCUUCUCCACUCCACAUGCUCUGCGUCAAGCUCAGAUGUCUAAGGAGCUGGAUGAGUUGAACAAAGCCCUUGCGCUGAAAGAGGCCCUGGCCAGGAAGAUGGCUCAGGACAGCAGCCAACUUCAGCCCAUCCAGUUGCAGUACCAGGAAAACAUCAAAAAUCUAGAGUUGGAAGCCAUCAAUCUGCAAAAGGAAAAGGAAGAAUUGCAGCUUGAACUUCAGACAACCAAGAAGCAUGCCAACCAAGCCAAGUUGGGUGAGUGCCGCCACAGACGUCUGCAGGAGCUGGAGUGUCAAAUAGCUGAUCUGAAGAAGAAACUGAGUGAACAGUCCAAACUCCUGAAGCUGAAAGAAUCCACAGAGCACACCAUCUCCAAGCUGAACCGGGACAUACAGGCGAUGAAAAACCAGCGGGUCCAGUUAAUGCGUCGGAUGAAAGAGGACGCUGAGAAGUUUAGACAGUGGAAGCAACAGAAAGACAAAGAAGUAAUCCAAUUAAAAGAACGAGACCGAAAGAGGCAAUAUGAGAUGCUCAAACUGGAAAGAAACUUCCAGAGACAGUCUAAUGUGCUUCGGCGUAAAACUGAGGAGGCAGCGGCUGCCAACAAGAGGCUCAAGGAUGCUCUCCAAAAGCAACGGGAGAUCUCAGACAGGAGGAAAGACACCAAGAGCCAAGGGGUGGAAGGCACUGCAGCCCGAGUGAAGUGUUGGCUUGGCAAUGAAAUCGAAGUUAUGGUCAGUACCAAGGAAGCCAGAUUCCACCUGAAUGACCUUCUUGAAGACAGAAAAAUCCUGGCUCAGGAUCUGGCUCAACUCAAAGAACAGAGGGAAGCCGGGGAGAACCCACCUCCGAAACUCCAGAGGCACACGUUCUCACUUGCUGAACAGCUCGGCCAUGCUUCUGAGCCAGAAGAGCCCACUGCUCAGCAGAUUGAGAGCCUGGAGACUGAAAUGGAGCUCAGGAGCGCUCAGAUCGCAGACCUACAGCAGAAGCUGCUGGAUGCAGAGAGCGAAAACCAGCCUAGGCACCGCUGGGAGAAUAUCGCCACCAUUCUGGAAGCCAAGUGUGCCAUGAGAUUUUUAAUUGGAGAGCUGGUCUCCUCCAAAAUACAGGUCGGCAAGCUUGAAAGCAUCCUCAAACAGAACCAGGCCAGCUGUGCUGACAUGCAGAAGAUGCUGCUGGAGGAACGACAUCAUUUUGCUGAAAUAGAGGCAGACUUGCAGGCAGAGCUAUUCAGAGCGGAGCAGCAGCAUCAAGAGAAGGUGCUGUACCUGCUGGGCCAGCUGCAGCGAAGCCAAACGGCAGAGAAGCAGCUCGAGCUGUCAGACAGGGAACAGGAGCCACAGCCGUGGAGCUCAGGGCAGUGUCAGGAAGAACUGAGGGAGAAGCAGGAAGUGUGUGUGCACAGUCAGCAGCUUCUCCGAGAGAACGAAAUCAUGGAGCAAGCAGCCAGGAAACAGGAACCCCAUCUUCUGGAGGAUACCCUUCCAUCCCCAGGCUCUCCUUUCGAAUAUAUCCCACCUAAGCCAAGACCUUCCCGUUUUAGAGAAAAGUUCCUGGAGCAAAGCAUGGAUGUCGAGGAUCUGAAAUACUGCUCAGAGCAUUCCGUGAGUGAGCCUGAGGAUGGGGACAUUGAUGCCAGGGAUGAUGAGGAAUGGAAACCAACAAAAUUAUUUAAGAUGUCUAAGAGGACCACCCAAGGAUGCUCCUGCAAGGGCUGGUGCGGGAACAAGCAUUGUGGAUGUAGGAGGCAGACAUCCAACUGUGGGGUGGACUGUAGCUGUGACCCCUCAAAGUGUAGGAACCGUCAGCAAGGCAGAGAUAGCUUGGACACCGUUGAGCGGACCCAGGAUUCAGAAGGCUCCUUCACGCUGGAGGACCCCACCGAGGUGACCCCGGGACUGAGCUUCUUCAGCCCCGUCUGCGCCACUCCGAACAGCAGAAUCCUGGAGGAGCUGAGCGAGGUGAAGCAGGUUCUGUGGAAGACCACUCUGGCCGACGCCUCCCUUGGCCUUCCUGAGCCGAAACGUGGAGCCGCAGAUUCCCAAGGAAGCAAAGGUCCAGGGAGGAAAAGGAAACGAGCUCUGGCCAGCAAUGCCAGCUUCUUCUCGGGCUGCUCCCCAAUGGGAGAAGAGGCCCCCUGA